AUGUUGGAGCAUGUGCUACUGUUGACCAUAUGGGCAAUCUCUGCCUGUGGUGCCCCAAGCCCCUCUGGUUUGGGGGGCCGCUUUCACAUUGAUCAAGUCCAUAACCGUAACGCCAGACGUAAUGGCCCUGUCGAGUAUGCCUUCGCUCACGCCAAGUACCAUGCCCCGAUUCCAAAAGGCCUGUCCAAGACCAUGGCUGCGAUAAAAAAGGUUAAUAUCAAUGCGGGCAACGCAACGGGUGAGGUCCCUUCUUGGCCACAAGAGCUCGACAUCGAGUAUUUAAGUCCCAUCAUGGUCGGCGAGCCUGCGCAGAUGGUAUGGAUGAACCUCGACACAGGGUCAUCGGAUACCUGGAUGUAUGCAUCAACGACCGGAGAGGGUCACAAGGGAGACCAGAAGUUCUAUGCCCCGGAAGUCUCCAAAACAUCAACGCACGUGCCCAACACAUCUUGGUGGAUCGAAUAUGGCGAUGGCACCUAUGCAAGUGGUGAUGUAUGGAAAGACACUCUCUCCAUCGGCGACGUUGAAAUCAAGAACAUGACGAUUCAGACGGCCUUGAUGGCAUCGGUGGCCAUGGUCACGGACGUCAACAUGUCUGGUCUUGCUGGCCUCUGUCCUAAUCACCCCAGCACUGUCAUGCCUAGCCAACCGACUCUGCUUGAGAAGCUCGAGCCAGUGCUUGACGAGUUCGUCUUCGCUGCUGACCUUCGAUACCAGGACACUGGUCGAUUCCGAUUUGGCCAUGUACCCAAGAGUGAUUACGAGGGCGAGAUUCACUGGGCCAGGAUGAACAAGACAUCCAAGUUUUGGCAGUUUGACAUCAACAGUGUCCACGUGGGUGGCACCAACAUAUUGUUGCAGUCAACCUGGUCCUUUAUUGCCGACACGGGCACCACGCUGAUGCUUUUGCCCAUGGACCUAACCAAGAUGUACUACGAUCAGGUGCCGGGGGCCGAGUAUAACGAGUGGUACGAUUCUUACACAUUCCCCUGCAACGAGACCAAAAACCUGCCGAGUUGGGACUUCCAAAUCGCGGGCCUGAAUGGCACUGUCCCGGGCCACUACAUCGCGUACACCAAUGUCACUGAGAAGCUCUGCUAUGGGGGCAUCCAACCGUGGUCGGCCGAGACGUAUGGAUUUGGCAUCCUUGGCGACGUCUUCCUCAAGGCCGUCUACGCAGUUUUUGACGUGCAAAACAAGACGGUUGGGUUUGCGAACAAGAAGGUGAGGGCUUAG